UACGCUGGUUAAGCUACGAUACACUUCGAUGACUUUGAAUGAAAAAUAAUAACAACGACCAGCUCGCAGUUGUCUCCCUAUAACCCUUAUAGUCGGGGACAAAAAAAGACAUUUUUGGAACAUUGAAGCCACUUGGUCAAGGGUCACACGUGGACGUGACAGCGCGUGUACCUAGAUCUGUGACAGCACGUGUACCUAGGUCUGUGCUAGAACCAAAGGGAGCAUCGGAUAUGUUGAACAGCCGACUUAGGGAGUGGUUACCAGGAAUGACGUUUUAAGUGAAAACUUCCGGUCAUCUCUGCUGUCCAACACGAGGAGGCGAUACAUGUCGUACCAGUAUAAAGACUACGUCACACCCUUACGUCAAAUGUUACAUACCGUCUGCUGUAGUUAUCGCCCUUGUUUGUUAAAUCGAGUCGGCGUUAGUUAUCUACCCUGUGUGUUACGUCUGCUGGGUUGACUUCAAAACAUGUGAAUGGGAAACAGACCGUUUUAUGUGACCUGAUCACACCGUUAAUCAGCGGCAGCACAACCACGAUGUUCAGGGCGUUUGUUUGCCGAGUUCUGGGGACCAAGAAGUUAUUACCGGUUCUGGGUAUACUGUGUUUGGUGGUCGUAGUGUUUGACUUCAUAAUGCUUACCAGAGUAAAGGAGUUCUACCUUAGUCGGACCUACAGAAAGAUCGAAACAGCCUCCCACACAUUCUCAACGGCUGACGGCGUAAAUAACCGUACACAAAUGACACAGAUAACACAGUUUGCUGAUGAUUUUAAUCGGACAAAUAGUUUUAAAACCUUACCAGAGACCGAGAAUAACUACGCAAAUUUAAGUAAAUAUACCUCAAAAGGUUCUAAUAAUGCAUCAACAUUUGAAAAUUUCAACCAAAAUUACUAUAAAACCGUUACCGCCCUUCCAGUGACUUCAGUAGAACCCGGCCGUCCAGAAAGCUGUACCGAUUGUUUCAAGCACGAAUUCAGCUUAACAAUUGACAAUGAGGAAGUGUGUAAAAUCAGACCUGGUAAUACCAAACAGGAAAUUACUAUUCUUAUAUUAAUAUUCACUUCGCAUGCGCGGAGAGGACAGCGCGACGCAAUUCGGCAGACAUGGUUAACGCAUGCUAAAAACAACACGGCCAACAUCCGGUAUGUGUUUUUACUUGGAAUUUCAAAUCAAACAAAUUUAAAUCAGGCCGUUUUAGAAGAAAAUAAAUUACAUGCUGAUUUAAUUCAAGAGAACUUUACAGACUCCUAUUUAAAUCUGACCUAUAAAACAAUGAUGGGAUUUAAGUGGGCGUUGACACAUUGUGCGCAUGCGAAAUUUGUAUUAAAGACCGAUGACGAUAUGUAUGUCAAUAUUCCAGUUUUAAUUAAUCUCACGCGUACCAACGCCGAGCAUCUGCAGACAGCCGUGGGCGGGAGCUGUUUUGUUUUAGACCAGCAACCUAUACGUGAUAAAUAUUCUAAGUGGUACGCCUCCUACACCAGCUAUCCACAGGAGUUAUAUCCGGGUUUCUGCUCCGGAACUGGAUACAUAACAAGCAUCGCUGUUGUCAAACACGUGUUUGAUAUUUCCAAAAAUGUGCCAUUUUUUCACUUGGAAGAUAUAUAUGUGUCGCUGUGCCUAAAACAACUAGGAUACCAUUUGCUUCCCCUGUACGGUUUCCAUAACCACAGGGUAAGGAUUGACUUCUGUCAUUAUAAAAGUGCUUUUGUGGUGACGUCACACGAAUUAUCCCCGGACCUGUUACGGUCUGUGUGGACGGGUACAUGUAAACCUUAUAACUUACAAAUGAGGAUAAUGGGUUUCGUGGUAGCGAUGACUUUCUUCAUAAUACUGUGUCUUUGUUCCAUGGUCCAGUGAUGUGCCUUAAUACUGCUCAAUGGUUGAAUGAUUCGCCAAAGUACACUGUUUACUCAAUUACAAUGCAUUAUAUCACAACCAUGGACCUUGUUUUAUAUGAGGAUUAUUAAAUGGGGGGUUUUCAUACAAUAAAAUGUCGUUUUUCCAAUGGUUCUUGGUCGUAAUGUCUAUUUAGCCUA